UCAAGGACCGGAGUUGGCUACCCCUGUGACAGACUGAUCUGCAGCUACAGAAAGCGUCUGGUUGAUGUUAUUGCUGCCAAAGAGGGGGCCACAAAAUAUUAAAUGUGAUGGUUCACUAACUUAUUUUCCCCCAUUCUGUCAUUGUUUGCAUACUAUCCUCAUUAAAAUAUGGAAACCUAUAAAUGUUUGGGUGGUUUUAGUUAAAGCAGACAGUUUUUUUCAUUUGUGUGAUUUUGAUGAAGACCAGACAACAUUUGAUGGGGAUUUUAUGUAGAAAUGUGAGAAAUUCCAAAAGGUUCAGAUACUUUUUCAUACCACUUUAUUUAUGUGUUAGUACUCAAUGUAAGUGUGAUAGUUCGCAAAAGAAGAAAAGGUGUCAAUUUUAUUUAAAACAUUGACAGCCAUAAAUGUAAAAGUAUUUCGACUGGCAGGGUCGAAAUUAAUUUGAGGUCUUUUAGCAUCAAUAGCUGCCCAUGAGUUAAAACAGUCCGCUUAAUUAUGCUAUACCCAGUUUGAUGUCAAAGUACCUCACCGUUACAUGUUCUGUACAAAAAGGCAUAGAUGUGGAGCCCCUUGGAAAUUGUCACUAUCAAACAACAAUUUUGCCAUUCAAACAGUUCUAAAACAUUGAGCAUUUGGACGUUCCUAAACUGAAAAAAGGUCAAGUUAAUCUGCAAAUCUUAAAAAAUUCCCAAUUCAUAAAUGCAGCCAGGCCUGGAAAACAAUCCGGAUGUCACAAAUAAGGUCUUCUGUUUCCCCUGGGGCUAAAUGAAUGACAGCCAGAGACAGGUGUGAUUGGACUCCAGUAACCAGAGAGCCAACUGUGUGUUGCACAUCAUAGUCGCACAGUCAUUUUUUAUAUAAAUAGCCUUACUGAAAGUUGCGUAGGGCCUGGGAGAACCCCGUCACAACAGAGGGGUGGAUCACUUUAAACUGUGUGUACAUAAAGCAUCGUGACUGCAUACUGAGCUUGCAGACAGACAGCACUGCAGGGACCCACUGGGUGCCAGAGAGCUUGGCUUGUUUUGCCUUUUGCAACGAGACCAGCCCAUUCGACUUUUUGGAUCAGACAUGGGGAUGCACGGCUCCAAGCCUCGGAGGCAAGCGCAGGUCCUGAUGCUGGGCCUGGACCAAUCUGGGAAGAGUACCUUGCUUUACAAACUCAAGUACAACGAGAGCGUGGUCACAGUGCCCACCGUGGGCUUCAACGUGGAAACUCUGGACACAGACAGGAGCAGCCCGGGUCUCACAGUUUGGGACGUGGGCGGCCAGAGAAAGAUGAGGCCUCACUGGAAGCAUCACUACGCCGACACGGCCGGGCUGGUGUAUGUGGUGGACAGCGCCGAACCUGGGAGGCUGGACGAGGCCCGCAAGGAACUCCAUCGGGUUCUGAAGAACGAGAGCCUACGAGGAGUUCCUCUUGUCAUCCUCGCCAACAAACAGGAUUUGCGCGGGGCUCUGAAUCCAGAGGCGGUCUGCCAAAGGCUAGACGUGAGGCGACAGUGCGAGGGAAGCAGGCCGUGGUUCAUCCAGCCCUGCUCGGGAAUCACAGGUGCGGGGCUGGAGGAAGGUUUCAGGAGGAUGGUGUACCUGAUGAAGACCCCGCUGAGACAGACACAAGAGGACAUCCAGGUCAAGAUGAAGUCAAAAGGCUUCAGGAUCACAGCCUUGUUAUGUGGCUGAUGGCUCACCGUGAUAGUGGAUCUUAUCUCAUGAUUAAUCCAAUCACUUUUAUCUGCCUGCCUCAUCUAUGAUCAAAUUAAAGCAUGGCAUUUGAAGAUCUCAACAUAGCGGUCUACGCUUAAUGUGAGAAAAAAAGAGAAUGUUGCUUUGGAUCAGGACAAUGAUACUCGAAGAGUCAAAAGGUGGAGCCACAUCGUGUGACAUUGGGGGGUGGGGGGGUUAAAUCAUUCCUCAAUGAUUCUGUUAAACUGUAUGAUUAAGUCCAGGUCAUGCUUUACAGAACUGUACAUCUUUUUGGAAAGAUGGCCUCACAGAUAAUAUUAAUAAUAAUCAUUGUGUACAUGGGCGUAGGUUUGCAUAGGGACGGCAGGGACCCACCACUACCAACUUUUCAUGAUGCUCAAAUUGUCCCUACCAACUUUUAAGCAACCUUAUUUGUAUUAUACAAUGACUUCAAUUAACUAGGAAAUUUAUAUUGUCUUCCGAUAUGUUGUAAGGAUAUAAUUGACCCUACCAUUAUUAAGUAAAUUCUUUUGAUCAUGUUCAGACUUACAUUUACCCCUUUACCCAUGAAUGUGCCUGUCAAUUUUCCCCCUCGAACGCACGUUUGACUGGCUGAUGACUUGCAUUCAUUGAAAAUGUAUUUAUUUAUUUUCAGCAUUAUUUUUCUAAAAAUGUUUUUAUUCGCAGCCGAUGCAGACAUUUUUUUCAGAUUAUCAUACGUUAAUCAUAGUCAAGGUAAAAAGUUUUCAUUUUUUUGCUGAGUUUGGCUGUGCUUGUGGACAAAAGCAUUAGUGUUUUACUUGAAGGAAGAUUCCAUUUUUAUUUAUUUUUUUCCUCAUACCCUGACGAAGAAGUUUCUUCAGGUAUAUUUUUAUUUAUUUAGACAAUGUUGAGUGCCCGUAAGACAAAUGUUUAUUUUUGCACUCCUGGAUAGUUAAGAAAUCCUUAACAAGUUUGUAUUUAUUGUGUAUGAUAAUAUUAUUAUUUAAGCAGUGCUAGAAUACUGCAAUACAAAUUUGCUAAUAAACUCCACACAUAUUUUCUGGAAGUUUUUAAAAUGUUUCUUUCGUAGUUUUUCAAAACAAAGGUUUGACUAGAAUGGUGUAUCACUAGAACCAAUACAUGUGAAAGUUAGAAUAAGUCAAUACAGAUUUAUUUUGCACUGAUCUUUGGCCCAGGGGCUGGCAACCCAAAAUGUUGAAAGAGCAAUAAUGGACCAAAAAAACAAAUAUGUCUGGAGCCGCAAAAAAUGAAAAGAAAAAAUUAAAUUGAUUGAUUGAAGAGGUGGGGGGCGGGUCAUUCCCACCACCAUGCUUGACUGUAGGCAUGACACACUUAUCUUUGUACUCCGCACCUGGUCGCCGCCACACAUGCUUGAGACCAUCGGAACCAAACAAAUUAAUCUUCGUCUCAUCAGACCAUAGGACUUGAUUCCAGUAAUCCAUGUGCUUUGUUGACCUGUCUUCAGCAAACUGUUUGCAGACUUUCUUGUAAAAUGGUAAAUGGAGAGUACUUAUAUAGCGCUUUAUCUACAUGUUUACUAUGCCCAAAGCGGUUUACAUUAGCACACAUUUACCCUUUCACGUACACAUUCACACACCAAUGGUGCUGCCGCCAUGCAAGGCGCUGCCAACCCAUUGGGGGCAAGUUAGGGUAGUUGUGUACAGUCUUCAGAAGAGGCUUCCUCCUGGGGUGACAGCCAUGCACACCAAUUUGAUGUAGAGUACGGCGUAUGGUCCCGGCACUAACAAGCUGAUCCCCCACCUCUUCAAUCUCUGCAGCAAUGCUGACAGCACUCCUGCAACGCGUCACAUGACAUUUUGGAGGGAAAAUGACAAGCAGUACUCAAUUUGGACAUUUAAGGAUGUACGUAGUUCCCAUGCGGUGUACUCACUUUUGUUGCCAGGGGUUUAGAUAUUAAUGGCUAUAUUUUGAGGGGAAAAUAAAUUAAGUCUAUUAUACAAGCUGCACACAGACGACUUUUCAUUGUGUCAAAGUGUCAUUUUGUCAGUGUUGUCCCAUGAAAAGAUAUACUUAAAUAUCUGCAGAAAUGCGAGGGGUGUACUCACUUUUGUGAUACACUGUAUAUUAGCCUACAAUCAAACUGACUAAGUUGGCUACAAGUACAUAAUGAGCCUUCACGAUUAAAUGUUUAUUUUCCCUGCAGUGCAUCCUACAGAGAAUUAUGCACCACGUGACUACUCUGUUGUACGAUGCCGCCUCAAGUUUAACUUCAUUACAACAUUAAUGAAUUAGAAGAAUGUUUGUGUCAUGUGUACAAGACCCGCAUGCGGCUCUAGAGCCGCGGGUUGCUGACCCCCAAAUUAACCUGUCAAUUAAUUAGGUUCAUAUUCGUGAGAGAUUUAGCCCUGACCCCUGUUCACCCAAUCUGUUUGGUCUGAUUAAAGUCCCCAGCAAAAAGUGUACAUGCAGCUUAUGCUGUUAUCUCGUCCCUACCGAUGUUGAGACCAUAACAUGCGCCCUUGAUUGUUUUUACAGUAUGUUUGUGUUAAUUAUUUUCACACUAAUCUGUCUGUUUUAUUUGUUUAAACAAUAAAACUAAUAUUAUCCUUGUUUAUUUAUAAAUAUUUAUUUAUUUAUUUAUUCUGUAGUAAAAUUUGGAGGAAUAUAAACAUAAAAACCUGUAUGACUGUUUCAUGUAGCUGCAUGUAAAUAAAAUAAUUUCAAGAUUUCUUGACACUCUGAUUUGCAUUUAUUUAUUCGUGUCUGUUUUGCACUGUACACUAUACACUAUAUGGCGGAAAACAC